AGAACAAAAUAUUCAGUCUGAAACCUUCUUCCUCCUCCUCUGAACCCCUCCCUCGCUCGCUCGCUCGCUCACCGGCGAAAUCAAACUCGGUCCCUAGCCAUAUACUUAUAGGCGGGCUAGUGCUCCCCCCCUUCCGCCCCUCGCCGUCCGCUGCCCCUGGGAUCUAUUCUAUCGACGGAAUGGAGGCGCUACAAGACACCAGUUCCCUACAGCUGCAGGCGGCGAUUCGAUGGCUGCUGCACACCAUCCUGCCAAGCCUCCUAGUCGGCGGCAAGCUGGACGGGUGGAUUCGCCAAGCAGGGCUCGGCAGCCAGGUGGAGGGGCUCCGGGACGAGAUCCAGCAGGUCGACGGGGUGGUCUCCGCCGUCAACGCCAGGGCGACCAGGAAUAGUUCGCUGGUCAGAUCCUUCUCGGUCCUAAAGGAGCUGCUCUACGAUGCCGACGACGUGGUCGACGAGCUCGACUGCUACAGCCUACAGCACCAGCUCCACGGAGGUCCAUGGCAUUGGCACCAUCCCAACGAAAUUGAUGUGCCAAGUUCUUCAAGGACCGGUGACGUUACUGAAAAUACAACUGCUCAUAAUUCAUUCAGAAGAAAAAGGAGAAGGGGCGAGAAUUCAACAGAUGUCCCCACAGCUAACACUGGCCCUUGGAGCAAGGACCAAAUUUCGAAAAGGAUACAAGACAUAACUAGUCAGUUGCGAGAUAUCCGAGGGAACGUGCGACGGCUUCUCAAGAUGCUUGGGCCAGGGUCUCGUGCAGGUCCAAAUCGCUGCCAGAGUACAACCACCUCAAACCCACUCCGGGGCACAUCAAGUCUUGUUCAAGGGAAAGUGUAUGGCAGAGCUGAAGAGAAGAGUUGCAUCAUAGAGUUGAUAAAAGAACGCAAAUCAGAUGCUGGGGUGACUGUUCUGCCAAUUGUAGGCGUUGCAGGAGUUGGGAAGACGACUCUAGCUCAACUUGUAUACAAUGAUCGAGAUUUGGAGAGUCAAUUUGACCUCCGGAUAUGGAUCUGGGUCUCUAGCAGCUUUGAUGAAACCAGAGUCACAAGAGAGAUGUUAGAUUUUGUCUCCCUGGGAGCACAUGAAGGGAAAUGCAGGUUUCCCAAGCUUCCAGAAGUCUUGAAGGAUCGUGUUAAAUCAAAGAGGGUUCUGCUUAUUUUGGAUGAUAUUUGGGAUGACAUAAGUGAUUGCCAAUGGAACAAUCUAUUAGCACCGUUUAAGCCUAACAAUGCAAACGGCAGCAUGAUACUCGUGACAACUAGAAUACCAUCUGUUGCCAAAAAGAGAGGUACAACUGGACCGAUUAACUUAGAUGGUUUGAAAAAUGGUGAUUUCUGGCAAAUGUUCAAAGCGUGUGCAUUUGGUGAUGAGAACUAUGAAGAGCAAGUUAGUCUGGGUGAGCUUGGACGGCAGAUAGCAAAAAGGUUACAGGGAAACCCAUUAGCUGCGGAAACUGCAGGGACACUGUUAAGAGAGCAUCUUACCAUUGAUCACUGGAAUAAUAUUUUGAAGAACGAAGAUUGGAAAUCUCUACAACUCAGUAGUGGUAUCAUGUCUGCUUUGAAGCUUUGCUAUGAUCAGCUGCCCUACAAUUUACAGCAAUGCUUCUCAUAUUGCUCUAUAUUCCCCUACGGUUAUCAUUUUCUUGCUGAGGAGCUGGUACGUAUGUGGAUUUCACAGGGAUUUGUGAAGUGUAACCAUUCAAGUAUGAUACAGGAAGAAGGGCGGCGCUAUCUGUGUGACUUGGUAAACCUGGGUUUCUUCAAGCAAGUUGAAAGAAAAGAACUCCCUUCUGGCCAUACUCAAACUUACUAUGCUAUGUCUAUUCUUAUGCAUGAUUUGGCUAGGGUAGUUUCAAAAACUGAGUGUGCAGCUAUGGAUGGUCUGCAGUACAAUGACAUGCUACCAACUAUACAUCAUUUAUCUAUAGUAAAGGAUGGUCAGACUGGGAAUAUACUUGGUAGUGAGAACUUUGAAGAAAACAUACAGAGCAUAUUUAUAUCAGUGGCAAAAUUGAGGACAUUGGUUUUGAUUGGGCAGUAUGAAUCUUCUUUCUUCGAAGAAGUAUUCCGAAAGGCAUAUAAUUUGCGUGUAUUGCAAAUUUUUGCAACAUCUGUUGAUUUCCAUUCAUUCCGGUAUAGUUUGGUGAAUCUUAUACAUCUUAGAUAUCUAAAACUCGAUGGUCAUGGUGAGCAGGGGAGCUGCUCGCCUCAAGUUCACUUGUAUGAUAAUUCUGCUGUUCGGCAUAAUGCUACUUUCCUUGCCUUGCAGAAUGUGUGUCUAGAGAAUUGCAGAGAAAAGCAAGCGGUUCUAUCUCUGGAAAACCUUCCAUUCCUUACAACAUUGAAGUUAACCAACAUGUGGGGAGUAAGAGAAGUACUGAUUCCGUCAGUGGAGGAGCUAGUUUUAGUUAACAUGUCUGGGUUGGAGAGAUGUUCCUGCACUUCCUUGGGGGAUGGGGUCUCUAGUUUAAGGGUACUGGAGAUCCGGAAGUGCAGUGCACUUAGGGUGUUUGAUCUGUUCGAGAAAACUCACAGCUCGGAAACUCAGCUGAAGCCAUUGGAUGCUCUACAGCUGCAUUCCUGCACAUCUCUGGAAGAUUUGAGAAUUGAAGACUGUGGAGGGAUCAUCGCAAUAGAGGGCCUUCACCUCGUGAAACUCAGGCAUUUGAAUGUAUGCAAAACAUCUAUUUUUCGUGGUAUAUCAGGGAAGGGCUAUCACCUAGGAUCUCAACUGGAUCUAUUUAUAAUUAGUGACUUGUCCCUCCUUACCACAUCAAUCUGCAAGGGGCUCACCUGUCUCCAGAGCCUAAUAAUUCAAAAUUUGAAGUGCAAGGCCACGAGACUAACAGAUGAUCAAGAGAGCGCGCUUCUGCUCCACAAGUCCUUGCAAGAGCUAGUGUUUGGCGAUUGUGAGUACCUCGUGCAUCUUCCUGCAGGACUGCACAGCCUUCCUGCCCUCAAGAUAUUGAAAAUCAGAAGCUGUAGCAGCAUAUUAAGGCUUAUGAAGGAGGAACUCCCACCUUCGCUGGUGGAACUGGAAAUCGACUAUUGCAGCGUUGAGUUGGCAAAACAAUGCAGAUUGCUAGCAACAAGCAAGCUAAAUGUCAUAAUUUAUGAGGACUAUGACCAAGAAGAAACCGAUACUUCCAGCAACUAGCGUAUCUGUAUCGGAUACCGUAUCCGAUACUGAUUCUUCCCGGAUACGUCCCUGAUACCUCUCAGGCUUUAGUAGUGCCGGUUGCUAUUGGUUCUUCCUUUUGUUGGAAUCAUGGAUUAGAAGAUACUCCCUCUGUACCAUAAUAUUUGUUGUUUUAGCAGCUCAAUUUAUCAGGUUGCUUUGUAAGGUAUUCUUCUGCCAUUUAUCGGGUUGGAAUUGUAAGCAGUUGUAUCAUUGUAUGGUACGCUCAGGCCAACUGUGUUUCAAGAAAAGAAAAGAGAAGCUAAAUGUAUAUUCCUUCUGUUAUGAUUAUAACACUUGGCUCUAGACUAUGCACAGAUUUGAGUUCCCUUCAAAAUCACAUCAUCAUGCUGUCAAGUUGGUGAGUAUGAUGUCUCUUAAUCUUAAUUUUAGUCUCAACCUGUUUGGAUUUCAGAAAGCAAAACCAGGAGUCAUGCUUCCAUGUACAAGUUACUACUACCUCUCUGCCAUAUCAACCAAGGCAUUGGAUGGUAAACCUGCCUGUUUCAUUGUUUCUUAUUUAUUUAUAUGAUGUUGUGAGCUCAGAAAGAUGAUUAUUUUCCAUUCCCAUAGAUGUGUUCUGCUGAUCGUUCACAAAUUGACCAGAAGAAGCCAGUCCAAAAACUCCCUUGCGAUGACGCCAUGCACAAAUGGUAGGCGGACCAGAUCCAUAGGCCCGGACAGAUGGAGUUCACAUUUGCUUCUUCAGAAAUCAGGAUGGUCAGUGGUUGAGAGAAAAAAAAACAGGAUGCACAAUGGUUUGAAAAAGAAAAGAAAAUAAAUCAGGAUCGACCCACCGGUACACAAAACUCUCAUCUCCAUCUGUCAUAUAUUCAGGAUGACAUUUGUUAUUCCGUCUUUGAUUGUUGUAGUUUUCUUUUGUGAUCUGACCUGGGUGUGAACAAUGGCAAUGGCAAGUUCUGAGGAGUUCAAAGGUGUGUUGCUCAUACUAGAAUAUGAACUGCUCCCUCCGAUACAAAUUAAUUGUCGCAGCGACAGCUAAUAUGGAUCAGAGGGGGUACUUUAUUUUGUAAAAACACAAAAUAAUUCAUUUUCAGAAGUCAGAAUCUAAGCAUAAAACAAUGAAAAGAGCACGGCGAUAAAAUUCAACAAGCAUUAACCAUUUAAACAACAAAAAGACUAUUAAUUGUCUCAGCGAAAUUGGUUGAUGUUCUUUGUCGUUGACAUCAAAAGAACAAAAAAACUUCUAUGCCUCAGUGGUAUGUAUAGUGGAGCUCCUCUACACACUCUGUAAAAUUUCUUGCAUUUACAGCGCUACGUGUUGUUCCAACCAACACUGCUGCUGUAAAGAUACACUCCAAAAAUAACAGUCUCUUAUUUUACAUGGAACAGAAAUACAACCUUCUUCAGUAGGAGAAGGAAAAGCACAUCGCAGGGCUUUGUGGUGGUCCAGAGCCACAUGGGAAGGCCAGGCGUUCGGAUCAGGUUCGGAUUUACUGCAAGUCCCAACGUUCAGGUUGUCCGGUGCUGCGAUGGAUUUGGGAGGAAAGAUGCUUCAGCAAAAGUAGGGGCCAUCAGUAAGUAUGUUUUAUCAUUUUUUUAUAGCCCCAUUCGGGUUCGGUUCGGUUCGGGUUAGUGUGUCAUUAAGCAGGGGAAUUAGCAUUAACCAGAUGGGUCGCUACCCUUUGCCUUUGGCUCCACAACAACUAAACUGUUCGGGUUCGGUUCGGAUCGACAUAGUAGAUAGAUAAAUUCAGUAGUUUGCGUGCGUGCGGAUUGCGACAGAUUUGGUUUGUCGGUGUAAGGCGACUGCAUCGAUCGGGUUCCAUUCGGGUCGGGUUGCUGUGUCAUGAAGCGGGGACCCAGCAUUGACCAGGCGGGUUCGUGCCUUCCCAGAUCGACCAUGUGUAUAUAAUAUAAAUAGCCCUUGAAGUGGCUGCAAAGGUGCUGUUGUAUCAUUGUCCAAGCCCAAAAUCUCAAAACUGCUGUUGUAUCCAUCCUUCCUCUUGUCUGCGUGGUGGCGUUCAGGGGCUUUGUCGUCCUGAGGAAGGUGAAAUAGCUAGCUAGCUGUAUCAAUUCUGCAUUCUUUUGCUAGACUAUCAGACUUGGCAGACAGUAGUGUUGUGU